UUCGUGCUUCAGUCCCUGGCAGCCAGCGAGGGGGAGACAGCGGGAGGCGUCCUGUUACAAACGCAAUUAAAACAGUAAAGCAGCCUUUAAAAAACGCACGCAAGCCACCCCGCUAACCCCCCCCAUCCAACUCUCUCUCCGCAUUUUGCGCCGCACGAACACAAGCCAUGUUCAGCCUGUCCUCCGACUCGAAGCGCAGAAAGGAGCCCGAGUUGUUCCAGACCGUUUCGGACGGGCUGAAGCGGCUCUACCGCUCCAAGCUGCUCCCGCUGGAGGAGGCGUACCGCUUCCACGACUUCCACUCCCCGGCUCUGGAAGACGCCGACUUCGACAACAAGCCCAUGGUGCUGCUGGUCGGGCAGUACUCCACCGGCAAGACCACUUUCAUCCGCCACCUGAUGGAGCAGGACUUCCCCGGGAUGCGGAUCGGACCGGAGCCGACCACGGACUCGUUCAUCGCGGUGAUGCACGGCGAGCAGGAGGGGGUCGUGCCGGGCAACGCGCUGGUGGUGGACCCGAAGAAACCUUUCCGAAAACUCAACGCGUUCGGAAACGCCUUCCUCAACCGGUUUAUGUGCGCUCAGCUUCCCAAUCCAGUCCUGGAAAGCAUCAGUAUAAUCGACACGCCGGGAAUCCUGUCUGGAGAGAAGCAGAGGCUCAGCCGAGGCUAUGACUUCGCUGCGGUUCUGGAGUGGUUUGCCGAGCGGGUUGACCGGAUCAUCCUCCUCUUCGACGCCCACAAGCUGGACAUCUCGGACGAGUUCUCCGAGGUGAUCCAGGCCCUGAAGAACCACGAGGACAAGAUCCGGGUGGUGCUGAACAAGGCGGACCAGAUCGAGACGCAGCAGCUGAUGCGGGUGUACGGCGCCCUCAUGUGGUCGCUGGGCAAGAUCAUCAACACCCCAGAGGUGGUGCGCGUCUACAUCGGCUCCUUCUGGUCCCAGCCGCUGCUCAAACCCGACAACCGCAGGCUGUUCGAGGCCGAGGAGAAGGACCUGUUCAAGGACAUCCAGGGGCUUCCCCGCAACGCAGCCCUGCGCAAACUCAACGACCUGAUCAAGAGAGCGCGGCUCGCCAAGGUCCAUGCCUAUAUCAUCAUUGCUCUGAAGAAGGAGAUGCCCAACGUGUUUGGGAAGGAGAACAAGAAGAAAGAGUUGAUCAGUAACCUGGGGGAGAUCUACCUGAAGAUUGAGAAGGAGCACCAGGUCUCUCCUGGAGACUUCCCCAGCCUGAAGAAGAUGCAGGAGCUGCUGGCCUCUCAGGAUUUCACGCGGUUCCAGUCUGCGAAGCCGAAGCUGCUGCAGGUCGUGGAGGAUAUGCUGGCGAACGACAUCGCGCGCCUCAUGACCAUGGUGCGCCAGGAAGAGGCGGCCACGCCCAGCCAGGCGGUGAAGGGCGGGGCGUUCGAGGGCACCGCCAACGGGCCCUUCGGCCACGGCUACGGGGAGGGUGCCGGCGAGGGGAUCGACGAGAUGGAGUGGGUGGUGGCGAAGGACAAGCCCAACUACGACGAGAUCUUCUACACGCUGUCUCCCGUCAACGGCAAGGUCUCGGGGGCCAGCGCCAAGAAGGAGAUGGUGAAGUCCAAGCUGCCCAACACCGUGCUGGGAAAGAUCUGGAAGCUGGCGGACGUGGACCAGGACGGUUACCUCGACGACGAGGAGUUCGCUCUCGCCAACCACCUGAUCAAGGUGAAGCUGGAGGGGUACGAGCUUCCUGAGCAGCUGCCCGGGCACCUGGUGCCCCCCAGCAAGAGGGGAGGGGCAAAGGGGGGAGCGGAGAUGGGAGGGGAGUAGAGAGAGG